GACCUGCCGGUAUUCACGGAAAAUACGGAGGCAUGGCAGUCGCAGGAAAUAGUCUCAGGUUUGCAGCAAAUAGUUCGAAAGAGCAGCCCGCAAUGGGGGGUUUUGCAGAGGAGAACGGGAGGGUCACUGUCCGCCUAGCGUGUCGGAUCUUUCUCCAACUGACCUCGUCCGGACCUUCUCAGACCGCUUCCCCCCAUCACUGCUUCUCUUUUUAAACCAGAACCAAGCUUGCUCUCGGUGGCCGAACAAGUCAGACGCUCAAUCCCCCACACUUGUCGCUCAUCUUCAUCGCAGGGGGCAUAAGCACGUUCAGCAUGCCGUCCUACGGGCUCCUGGAUCAGGCGGACGAAGAUGCGCUCCAUAAGUCGCGCCUACUGAAUGUCGAAGAAAAGCCAUUCAAGAGAAUUUCCAAGCGCCUCCUGAACCCCGAAUCAAUCGUUAUUUCAAAUGCGACGCUUCCUCCCACGCCCCCACCCGACGGGACUGACGAAGAGGCUGCCGCGGCUGCGGAGGUGGAUAAGCAAAAGAGAUUGGAUGAGUGGCGCCAGUUCCGCGAAGAUGCAUCUUUGGAUUUUGCCGCCUUUGAAGGGAGCAUCGCUCGGAUACAGUUCUUACUCACAAGCAAUGAGAAAGAACGCGAGCGAUAUGUAGCCGAGAAAGAGCGGAUUCUUUCCACGAUGCAAGCCGUUCGCGAGAACACUACGGAACUACGCGUCCAACUGGAUGAAGCCCAACGGAUUUUGAUACUGCGAAAAAGCUACGAUGAACAGACAGAAAAGAUCACCAGCAAUCGCCUUUUGAAGCCGCGGGAAGAUCAGCAAGCAAAUCUGCAGAAGCUGCAGGCCGAGAUUGCCGAAUUGGAAAAUGAAAGCAAGGAUUACGCGAAGACGUGGGCAGAGAGACGAGAACAGUUCGGUCGCAUUGUGGAAGAGGGAAUGCAACUCCGACGACUGAUCCGCGACGAGAAAGAGGAAGUAGAGCGUCGAGAGGGCAUGCAGGAAGACGAGGAUGGAGACGACGGGGAAGUCUCAAAGGGGAAGAUAAGCGGUUCCAACACGCCUAGACUAGACCAAGAAAGCGUGACUCCCUCCCAGAGUCAAGACGAAGCGGGUCGCUCGCCUCUCGCCGUGCCCGAGAACAAACCAACUCCCGGGGCUGCAACGCCUCUACGACAAGUCACUACUGCUGAGGAAGAUGCGAACAUGGUAGACGAGGGCGAAGUGACGGCUGACGAGGGAGAACGACAUGACGAUUUAGAGGAAGGCGAGGAAUUACCAGAUGGCCGUAACGGCGACAAAAUGGACACUACAUAGAGGAUAUGAUGGUUUCUUUUAUGCAUUAUGGAGUCAGGAGUCAGGGGAUUGGCGUUCACAAUCGAAAAGAGUAUUCCUUAAUUUACAUACGCCUUGUCCUAGAUAACAUAUUUUCUAUUAAUUGGCGUUUCUUGUGCGCCUAUUGAAAGCUUCCCUGACCUUCACGCGAUCUCUCGCUCAGCAACUCUGGCACUCGCAAUGGCCUCUUUAGCGGCAUUGAUAUGUUCAACAUUGCUUUCGGCACCCUUCUUUCCUUCCUCGACCUAAUGAAAAUGUCAGCCGGAGUCGGCCUAUUU